CUAAAAUAUUGAACUGUCAGAAAAUUCAUGCAUAAACAAUAAUAAACAAAAUAAAAACCAAAAAUGAUAUAUACAGAAAUAGUUGAAAAUUUACGUUUAGUAUUAAAUGAUAAACUAAUUCGAAAUAUCACCAUUUUUAUUACUCUAGCUGUUUUAUUAUUUUCCAUAUUUUUUCGCCCUCUAGGUGGAUUAGUGCUGUAUCUUUCAUAUAUAUUUGGAUUCACAGUAGCAUGGAGUCUAGUUAAAUAUCAGCAUAAAACUACAAUUUAUCUACAACGAAUAACUAAUUUCUACAAAGGUAGAAUUUUCAUUAAAAAAAUAUUAAAACAAUCUUGCAGUAUUUGCGAUGACUUGUCUUGUAGAAGACACCAACAAGCUAGGAGUAUUACACCUUGGAAGCAUAUUUAUAUUUCUAAUGAUUUGAAUAAUACUAUAAAACAUUUCUAUGAGAGGAUAAUUAACAACUUUAUUUCUUCUUGGUAUGAGCAAUUCACAGAUGAUCAAGAUUUUUUAAAUGAACUAAGAUACUGUCUCAGAUUUUCAACUGCUACUAUAAUAAAUAGAUUAUUGGAGUUGGAUGUGGGUGAUAUAGUAGCUAAUAAAUUGAUCCCGUGUGCUGUGAGACAUGUUGAUGAUUAUUUAUACAUACAACAAGUUGCUAAAUUGAAGAAUGUCAGAUUCAAUGAAGUUGUAAUUGAAUAUUUAGGAAAGAAAUUGCAUGCAGCAGCUACAAAUAGAAAGAAUGAGUUAGAUUAUUUACGGCACCUAGUUUCAUCACUUCUGUCUCAUAUUUUACCGGGAAAUUAUUUAAAAUGCAGAAACUUUUCUAUUAUGAUGAGAGAAAUCCUAUGUGGUUGGGUAUUUCUGCCUAUGAUGGAUGUUAUUGCAGAUCCAAAUAUUUUAAAUCAACUAGUAAUACUGGCACUAACAUAUAAGUCCAAAAAAACAAUAAAAAGUAAUAAAGUUGUUGAAGAAGUAGAAUUUUUAUACAAUUAUGUAUCGCCUGAGAAGAAGAUCUCAUCUUUUUCUACAAGUUUAACUAAAAUUAAAAAAGAUACAGAAUUACUUUAUGCAUUUAUGCAAUUUUUGAAAAAUCAAGAUCAUGUAAAUCUUUUACAAUUCUGCCUAGAUGUUGAUGAAUUUAACAUAAAACUGUUGAUGCCUGAAUUGUCUAAAAAACAAGUAGAAGAAUUACAUUCAGAUGCUUUAAAACUUUACAAGGAGUAUUUGGAUAAGAAUAGUUUUAGUUUUAUUAGUUGUCCAUCAGAGAUUUCAGAAGAUUUCAAAUUUUUAUUACAGGAUGUGUAUGACAUUGAAAAGUUAUCAAAACUGAGUAAAUUGUUGUAUGCUGCCUAUGAUUAUGUUUUUAAUAUUUUGGAAAAUAUUUGGUUGCCUCAAUUUUUUCAUAGCAGUGAAUUUUAUGGAUAUAUAUGUGGCUCAAAGCAGACAACUGGUCACACCAAGCAAGGGCAAAAUAAAUCGCCAUUUUUAUCAUUUGGUUCUCCAAGUAAAGACAGAUCAAAAAAAUACGAAUCGGCUAAUCCAGGAGCAGUAUCAAAAUUUAGUACUGGUUUGGGUAAAAUUAAGGGUGUUCUCAAAACGAAUCAGCCUAUUGAAGGUGCUUUUUUUCAUCCAGAAAUUCAAACGAUUGAAAAUGGAGCAGCAGAUGAUAUGUUUUUAGAAGACUGUAAAAGUUUAUUUCGGGAUAUGAGCACAUGGAAGGUGUCUAUUCCUACUUAUCAGGCCAGUCAAUCUAACAAAGUUAUAUACUUCUACAUUAGUGUUGAAAGAACAGAUGCUCUAUCUGUGGACAGUAAAAAGAAUUGGGUGGUGUUAAGAAAAGAUCAAGACUUUUUUACUUUGAAAGCUAAACUAAUAGAAUUCCAUGGGGAGAGUGAAAUUUGCGAUUCUCCUCUUCCAUCUAGAAAGGCUGGUUCUUCAGUUGAUACGAGAAUAACACGAUAUGAAGAAUUUUUGAGAAAAUUAUUACAAAAAUCUACAUUAAAAGGCAGCGACUUACUGUAUUAUUUUUUGACAACCGAAGAAGAUUUUCAAAUAUAUCUUGCUACCAAUGCAACAAACAUACAAGAUAUAGGCAAUAUUUAUCAGUCUGUCGCCUAUAAAUUAAGAAAAGAAAAAGGUCAACAUUUGGAUCCGUUUAUGACGUCGUUUUUGUUAUCUACAGGGCGAACAAAAAACGAAAAAUUGGAAUGGGCAGAAGUAGGAGAGGAGACUGAUAAAACAUUUACAUUUUCUGAAAAUAUUUCAUUCCCUAAAACAUACAGAAACCAAGUGUUUAAUGAUAAUUUUGGAAUCCAUUAUAAAGUUUUAAAAGAUACAAUGAGCAGCUCUUUGAGCCUUGAAGGACUUACAGAAAGCGUAUUUUAUCUUCUUAAGAACAUUCUAAAAAUUCCAUACGGAUUUUUAAAGUUAUAUGCAUCUAUAUGCAGUAUAGCCCAACACUUUGUGGAUUUGUCCGCUAGGAUGAUAAUAGAAAGAAAGAUCAGAUCUGGCCUGUGUCAAUCGAAUAUAGCAUAUCUUAUUGGACAGUUGGAAGAAGUAGUUUUUAACGAACAUGUACCUACAAGCCGAGAAGUGUUUGAAAAAAGAAAAACUAGGGCUUUUGAAGAAUUAACAAAUUCAGUAUCGAAUAUAGUAACUAAGAUGUUUGGACCAGGAAUCAAAGACGGACUACAACUUUUAUUAGAAAUUUUACAAAACCCACAUUUUAAUAAACAGUUAGCAUAUAACUUAUUGGACAUCAUUUUAACAGAAAUGUAUCCAAUGCUAGACAAGUAUGAAGAACAUUAUUGACUAUGACCUUAAAAAAACUACAGACUACAGACCAAGAUUGUAAUUAUAAAAAUAUGUACUGAAUUUAAAGUUCUUGAAAAGUACUUAUGUAUUACCUCUAGUAUUUUUAUCUACUUUGUAAUUUGAUCUAAUUAAAAUUGUGAUAUUUAUACUUAAUUUGUAAAAAAAGUAAUUGUAUUGCCACCAAAUAUUUUCAUUUUUUGUAAAUAUUUUAUAUAUUUAUACUGUUAAGUUUUAGCACGAUUUGUUUAAAAUAUGUAAUAUAUGUUUUAAAUUAA